CCGACCUCAAGAAGGGUCACUGGGGCAAGAAGCAGAGCAACCUCUUUUUCAAGAUUUUUGUACCCAUCUGGCCUCAGAGAGGGAGGCACCAUAGAGCGCCACGUGGCAGCCAACCAAAUCCUGACUGUGUGGAGGCCGAGGAUUUGGCAAGCCUCACCACAAGUUGUCUAAUUUGGGCACACUCGGAGGUUGCCCACCUUUAUUACCAGACACACACGCACAGAAGGCUGCACCAGAACUCUCAUCAGCAACUGAGCUGGAAGCCGUGAGAGACUGAAGACUCUUGGCUCCUUCCCCCAGUCAGCCUCAAGCAAUGGCCUCCACUGUCUUCACCAUCGGAACAGUUAAGACUCCGUUGAGCUUGAACAAUGCCGGCUCCAGCGGUUCCAUCCCGAGCUCGGUAUUCCUGGGCAAAGGUCUGAAGAAGGUGAACUCGAGGUUCGUGGCCCCGAAGGCCUCAUUCAGCAACUUCAAGGUUGUUGCAGCAGAGAUUGAUGAGGACGAGCAGACCGACAAGGACAGGUGGAAGGGCCUCGCCUACGACAUGUCCGAUGACCAGCAGGACAUCACCCGAGGAAAGGGUAUGGUGGACUCCCUCUUCCAGGCACCGCAAGACGCUGGGACCCACUACGCCGUCAUGAGCUCCUACGAGUACCUCAGCACGGGUCUCCGACAAUACAGCUUGGACAACAACAUGGACGGGUUCUACAUUGCCCCGGCUUUCAUGGACAAGCUCGUGGUUCACAUUACCAAGAACUACAUGACCCUCCCCAACAUCAAGGUUCCUCUCAUUCUAGGUAUAUGGGGAGGCAAAGGUCAGGGAAAAUCCUUCCAGUGCGAGCUCGUGUUCGCCAAGAUGGGCAUCAACGCGAUCAUGAUGAGUGCUGGAGAGCUCGAGAGCGGGAAUGCCGGAGAGCCUGCUAAGUUGAUCCGACAGAGGUACCGUGAGGCUGCUGACAUCAUCAAGAAGGGUAAGAUGGCCUGCCUCUUCAUCAAUGAUCUCGACGCUGGUGCGGGUCGUCUCGGUGGGACCACCCAGUACACCGUGAACAACCAGAUGGUGAACGCCACCCUCAUGAACAUUGCCGAUAACCCGACCAACGUCCAGCUCCCUGGUAUGUACAACAAGGAGGAGAACCCCCGUGUCCCUAUCAUCGUCACUGGUAACGACUUCUCCACUCUGUACGCCCCUCUGAUCCGUGACGGUCGUAUGGAGAAGUUCUACUGGGCACCAACCCGUGAGGACCGUAUUGGUGUCUGCACUGGUAUCUUCAAGAGCGACAACGUCCCCGAGGAAGAGAUCGUCAAACUCGUUGACACUUUCCCCGGACAAUCCAUUGAUUUCUUUGGUGCCCUGAGGGCUCGGGUGUAUGACGACGAGGUGAGGAAGUGGAUCUCGGGUGUGGGAGUCGAUACGAUCGGGAAGAAGCUCGUGAACUCCAAGGAGGGCCCACCAACCUUCGAGCAGCCUAAGAUGACCCUCGAGAAGCUGCUCGAGUACGGGAACAUGCUCGUCCAGGAGCAGGAGAACGUCAAGAGAGUCCAGCUGGCCGACAAGUACUUGAGCGAGGCGGCCCUUGGAGAUGCCAACAAGGACGCCAUGGAGAGAGGAACUUUCUUCAACAACAAACCCAACUAAGGAAUUCAAAUGUCGUACCGACCAUCGGUGUUUGAACGUGCCGUUGGACGUCUUCCAGUUUUAGUCGAAUUAGAGGCCCUUCUUUUCCGUUUCUUCUCUUUUGUGAUUACAAAUUUUGGCAAUGCCAAAAGGUCCAGAAGGUUGUGAUAUCAUAUCAGCAAGGGGGAUGGAGAAUUGUUGUUGAAAGGUGUUUCUAUAUUGACUGAAUUUGCAACUAUGAUCGUCUUAUUUUAGUUCCGCCGAA